CAUGUUCAAGGCGUGCCUGGUCCAGGGCUCCAUCCUGAAGAAGGUGCUGGAGGCACUCAAGGACCUCAUCAACGAGGCCUGCUGGGACAUCUGCUCGAGUGGUGUGAAACUGCAGAGCAUGGACUCGUCCCACGUCUCCUUGGUGCAGUUGACCCUGCUGUCUGAGGGCUUUGACACUUACCGCUGCAACUGCAACCUGGCCAUGAGGGUGAACCUCACUAUUAUGUCCAAAAUACUAAAAUGGGCUGGCAAUGAAGAUAUCAUUACACUAAGGACUGAAGAUAACAUGGAUACCUUGGUGCUAGUAUUUGAAGCUUCAAAUCAGGAGAAGGUUUCAGACUAUGAAAAUAAGUUGAUGGAUUUGGAUGUUGAACAAAUUGGAAUUGCAGAACAAGAGUACCACUCUGUAGUAAAGAUGCCUUCUGGUGAAUUUGCAUGUAUAUACCGAGAUCUCAGCCAUAUUGGAGAUGCUGUUGUAAUUUCCUGUGUAAAAGAUGGAAUUAAAUUUUCUGCAAGUGGAGACCUUGGAAAUGGAAACAAAUUGUCACAGACAAGUACUGUCGAUAAAGAGGAGGAAGAUGUUACCAUGGAGAUGAAUGAACCAGUUCAACUAACUUUUGCACUGAGGUACCUGAACUUCCUUACAAAAGCCACUCCACUCUCUUCAAUGGUGAUACUCAAUAUGUCUGCAGAGAUACACCUUGUUGUAGACUAUAAAAUUGCUGAUAUGGGACACUUAAAGUACUACUUGGCUCCCAAGAUCGAGGAUGAAGAAGGACCUUAG